AAUAAAAUUUUCAAGGUAGAAUUUUGCUAAAAUCAGAGUAUUAUUUGUCCUGAAAACUUAAUUUUGUUACAUAUCGAAUACAAUGAAUUCAAUUUUAAGGAAAAGUUUUCAACCCUUAUUUAAUAACACAUUCAGAACGACGACUUUGCGGCUAAUUGCCGAUGCUACGAUUAACGAAAAAAUUGACAAAAUAGUGAAAAAUAACAAAGUUGUAGUAUUUAUGAAAGGAGUUCCUGAUGCACCUCGGUGCGGGUUUAGCAAUGCUGUGGUUCAAAUCAUGAGAAUGCAUGCAGUACCUUAUGACAGUCAUGAUGUACUCGCCGAUGAAAACCUGAGGCAAGGAAUCAAAGAUUACUCAAACUGGCCAACAAUACCACAAGUUUUCAUCAAUGGUGAGUUUGUUGGUGGUUGUGAUAUUAUGCUACAAAUGCAUCAGUCAGGUGAGCUUGUAGAGGAACUAAAGAAGGUUGGCAUCAAAAGUGCUCUUCUAACAGCAGAAGAGGCAAAAAAGGAGGAGAGCAAAGAAUAAUGGACUGACAACCAAAAAUUCAUAAAACUCACCAUUAAUUGAAAUCAUAUUGAGAAAUGAACAAUAUUUAUUGUUAAAGUAGGUAAUUAUAAUUGCUACAACUGAUAUUGUAAAUAUUUAUCAUUAGUCAUUUCAUUUAGUUUAUUAAACAUUAAAAUAUUCUAUA